GCGGCAGGCCCAUUGGGAAGGUGGUGUUUCCUUUUGCAGCUCGGCUUCUGUGCUCGCUCUGAGGACCAGAGCCGAGUGAGGGAAGCCGGAGGCGGCGUGACCAUGAGGCGAAGCUGGUGUCGCCGUUGCCGCGGCCCUGUAUAGCCCGUCCUGAGCCCACCGCCGAAGACGGCCGUUUCUCUGUGCCGACAUGGGAAACACCGUCACCUGCUGCAUCUCUCCCGGCGCCAGCCCCAAGCUCGGCCGGGCCCGCAGGUCUGCGCUGGGGGCGGCGGCGGGCGGCGGUGGCGGCGGCGUGGGAGCCAGACCAGCGGCCGUGGGGCUCGAGCGGAGAGGCGGCGCCUAUCGGGAGACCACUGAGGCUGAAUCGGGGGACUCGGAUCCUGGCGGGGGCGGCCCCCACCUGCAGCACAUCAGUGACCGCGAAUUCCCGGAUGAUUUAGCAUUGGAAUCAAAUCCAUCUGACCAUCCUAGAGCAAGCACAAUUUUCUUGAGUAAAUCCCAAACAGAUGUGAGAGAGAAGAGGAAAAGCAACCACAUCAACCAUGUUUCCCCAGGGCAGCUUACAAAAAAAUACAGUUCAUGUUCAACAAUAUUUAUAGAUGACAGCACAGUCAGCCAGCCUAAUCUUAGGAGCACAAUAAAAUGUGUUACAUUAGCAAUAUACUAUCACAUAAAGAACAGGGAUUCAGAUAGAUCACUGGAUAUUUUUGAUGAGAAAACACAUCCACUUACGCGAGAAGAGGUUCCGGAUGAUUACUAUAAGCACGACCCUGAUCACAAGCACAUCUAUCGCUUUGUACGUACCCUUUUUAGUGCAGCACAGCUGACGGCCGAAUGUGCAAUAGUGACACUGGUUUAUUUGGAAAGGCUCUUAACCUAUGCAGAGAUUGACAUCUGCCCAAGUAACUGGAAAAGAAUAGUUCUAGGUGCUAUACUGCUGGCUUCUAAAGUGUGGGAUGAUCAGGCUGUGUGGAAUGUGGAUUACUGCCAAAUACUGAAGGAUAUUACAAUUGAAGACAUGAAUGAGAUGGAAAGACACUUCUUGGAGCUGCUGCAAUUCAAUAUCAAUGUUCCUGCCAGUGUUUACGCCAAAUACUACUUUGACCUUCGCUCUUUAGCAGAUGACAACAACCUGAGCUUUCUGCUGGAGCCCCUUAGUAAAGAACGAGCACAGAAGCUGGAGGCUAUAUCCAGGCUGUGUGAAGACAAAUACAAAGACUUGUCAAAAGCUGCUAUGAGGCGAUCAUUCAGUGCUGAUAACUUAGUUGGCAUUCGCCGUUCUAAUGCCAUCCUCUCUUGAACAAGACGGAAAGCUGCAAUACUGUGGCACCAGCAUUCCUGUGGACAGGAGCACCACCUCCAUGUCAAGCUCACGGAUCGGCAGUGAUGGUGUCUUCCAGCCAGAAGACAGAGAGCAAAUCCAGCCAAGGAAGCCCAGAGCCAGAGGAGCAUAAUUCCAUGUGGGGAAGAAGACAGGACCUUGUUGAGGGGGCACACUCGCAUAAAAAUCCAGAGGUGCAAAAACUCUUCAAAGAGCCUUUCCCCAUUCUCCUCAUGCAUCCCACUACAAUCCACAGGUGUUUGCUUACUAUGUAGGCCUAUAGCUGUGAACUAUGUGCGUUUUUAAUAAUGACUAGUUUUAAAAUUUAGAAUUUGAACAUUAACACAACCAUAGUCACCAUGUCCUUUCCCACUCAGUCACCCAGGACCAUGGCUACAGUUGCCUUUCAGAGUCAGGGCAGUGUUCACGUUAAUAGAGGAUAAGGCCACCCUGGGACUGAUGCUGUAGCACUGACAAGCGAAAGGUAGUUCUUCCCUUCCCCCCAGCACCCACCCACCCACUCACACAUUCAUACACCAGACCACCCAGACUGUUAAUUGGCACCUGGCAUUCACCAGGGUGCUGCUGAGCUGAACAUUACUCUCUCCUUCUGAGGUUGUCAUGGGGUUCCAGUGGGUUGGGACAGGAGCAGGGAAACGGUACUCAGCAUUGGUCUGGGCCCAUGUUUUGUCAGCUAUGGUGCUUCUCAUGUUCUUGUUCUUCUGGCCAGUCCUGGAAGAGGGACAGUCCAUAAAUAGUUCUUUUGCCUGAAGCACUGAAAAGGGCUGCAUUCAUUAGCCUGAACAAAUGUACUGACUUGGUGGUAAAUGGGCAAUAAGGCUGUUCUGCUAAACACUUCCACUACAACAGUAAAUACGGAGCAAGUCCUGCUUUUGUCCUAUGCUUUCAAAAUGUUUAAGUUCACAAUGGGAAACUAUUUUGAAUGACCUGGACUUGUUGAUGAGGGAGGUAUGAUUAUUUUCGAUUCAUAGAAUUGCUUUAAAAAAGCCUUUUCUCCCUUUAAAAGCCUAGUACUUAAUGCCCCUUGCUCUGGAAUUGAUCCUCGAAAUCUUCACUUUUCCUGUAAAUUAAGUUUGCUCUGCCAGCAUUGGAAUGUGGGAUGACUUAAGUUUUCUGCUCCUAAAGAUAGGAAAUGUAAAUUGACUUUCUGGGUUACAGACUUUCACAACUCCAGGUAAACAUCACUGAUGAGUCUGCAUUUUACAACUUCCCACAUUGGGUGUAACACAUAGUCAAGUGCAGCCCUUUGUACUAAUCUUCAGUUUGGUUUCCUGUUGAGCCCCACUUGCUUCGUGAGGGCUCAGUGGCACCCAGACUGUUAGCAGUAUUUUAGUCCACCAGCCCCAGGCAGGAAUUCUACCAAGCCUGUGGCUUCAGGUAUUGAUCACAGUUCAAUUUUGAAACCAAUGCUACAUCUUCAGGUGGCUUUCCUUUCUCAUGUUUGUAUUAAAAGAGAAGCUAAUAAUAAACUCUAUUUUAAUUAA